CCGCAGCCCAGAUCGAGGCCGCGCUUUCAGGCGCCGGGGCGCUGCCGACUCCCGGAGGCGGGAGACGGUGGGGUCCGCGGGGCAGCGGACCCGGCGCGCAAGCGGGCCGGCGGGCGAGCAAGGAGUUAAGCGGGGCCGGAGGCAGAGCGCCUGUCAGACGCGAGCAUGUGCAGUUUGCACCGCAUCCGUACUAUGGGGACAAAUAGAGGCCACUCACGUACUAGGCGAGGAGCAACUGAGCCUUGGGGCUGAUGCUUGCCCACACUGCUGAGAAUGGCACCAAGCCCUGCCAGGCACCAGGACAGAGGUUAACCCGGGACACUCCUGGACAGUGAUCCUGAUGUCUGUUCAGCCAGCCCUGGUCCACGCCAUGGCGUCGGCAGAGCCCCUGACAGCGCUGUCCCGCUGGUACCUGUACGCCAUCCACGGCUACUUCUGCGAGGUGAUGUUCACGGCCGCCUGGGAGUUCGUGGUGAACUUUAACUGGAAGUUCCCGGGGGUCACCAGCGUGUGGGCGCUCUUCAUCUACGGCACGUCCAUCCUCAUCGUGGAGCGCAUGUACCUGCGCCUGCGGGGCCGCUGCCCGCUGCUGGUGCGCUGCCUCAUCUACACGCUCUGGACCUACCUGUGGGAGUUCACCACCGGCUUCAUCCUGCGCCAGUUCAACGCCUGCCCCUGGGACUACUCCCAGUUCGACUUUGACUUCAUGGGCCUCAUCACCCUGGAGUACGCCGUGCCCUGGUUCUGCGGGGCCCUCAUCAUGGAGCAGUUCAUCAUCCGAAACACCCUCCGCCUCCGCUUUGACAAGGACGCUGAGCCCGGGGAGCCCAGCAGCCCCCUGGCCCUGGCCAACGGCCAUGUCAAGACUGACUGAGUCGGGGGCCGCUAGGUGGGGCCCCGGGGGUACGGGCAAGGGUACCAAGCUGGUGGGGUUGCUCCCUCUGUACAGCACAAACCCUGCCCCGUAGGGCACACAGUGCGCGCAUCCCCUCCACGGUGGGCGGGAGUUGGGGGCGGGGCGUGGAGACGGCAGAGGGACUUUGGGGAAGGGUCGGUGGAUCCCAGCCCAGCUCAGAGGCUAGGGGCCGGAGGCCCGUGGCGACGCAGGGACUGGACUCUGCGGGUGACUUUGAAAGCAGCAGGCCCUGUUCUGGCUAAGGGACUCUGGGAAUGGGGCAGCAGGGGGGAGGCAAGGCCGGAGGUGGCUUUGGGCUGCGGCAGUGGCCAGCUCCCUCCCUCUCACCUGGUUCAGCUGGGGUUUGGCUGGUUCCAUUAGGCAAUAUUAAGGUGCUUGCUUGCAACCAAUACCUCCCUAGGGGGCCUGCUGAGCUGCAGCCUAACAAGAGACUGGGCAGCCAGGAGGCUGAUUGGCAGGAGUGCUGGUCUGCAAAGCUGGAAGGCCUUCCCUUGGCUCUUCUCUCCUCCCCCAGGACCCCAUGCUGCUCCCUUGGCCUUCUGGGGCUCCCCCCCUGGUGCUGGAUUCCCACCAACCUUGGGCUUUUGGAGGUUUCAAUCCCUGUGUGUUCGGUGGCGUUUCCCCCGUUUUCUCUUACUGUCAAAGCCUUUACCACUAGCAGCCCCUUUAUCCGCGACAGCUACCCCACCUGCUCCUACCUGCAACUCCCUGGCCAACACAGCAGCUGCCAGAGAUAGAACCCUGAGCAGACCUCUCCUGCCCUCUUGCAGCCUUCACUCCACUGUUCUGCGGUCUGAUGCCUGGGAAGUUCCCCCGUUCCGUCUCCUCACCACCCUGGUCUGGUGAGCUGUGGCAGUGCCCCUGGUGCUCUUCUCCACGCCACCUCCCUGCAGUGGCUAAAAACUGAGGAUGGCUCCAAAGCACAGUCAGGCCAAUAUGGGCCUCACGGAAACACAACGGGGACCCAGAGACAAAUCAGUUCAGGGGUAGGGGGAUGGGAUAGGCAGUAGAGACACCGGACCCGUUUAUUUUCAAACCAGUCUGGGGCAAUCUAGCUUUCUAGGCGGUGGAGGAGCAGGGAUCCACUGUUGGAGAGCCAUGGAGAAUGCGUGAGUGAGAAAAAGAGGGCCUUUCAGCUUUGGGAGGGUCUUCAAAGUAUCCUUAGUGGGAAGGGGUCCGUUCUGGUUCUGCCAUAGCCCCAGCCCUGCAGCAAAACCUCCUCAGGGCUACCCCCUCCCCACCCCUCGCAGAAAGGCCGACCCUUCGAGCUUGUUCCAGCAACAGUAUUAACUCUGCCAUGCUCAUGGGCAUUGUCAUUUCGGUUGCCCCACCUUCCCCCAUGACGGGUCCAUUGCUGGCAGUGGACAGGUGAAAUCCUAACUGCAGCCCACUUCGGGCUCUGCCCCCCACCCCCUGAGGGGAGGGGUCCAUCAGAACGCAGCCUAUCCCAUGGUACAGUCUCUUCUUGACCAUUACUAGGACUCUUAGGUAGAAAUUAGCCUUUCCCUUUUUAUAGAACAUUAAAAGUAAUAAUACCACCUGUGGAGAGCACCUCCUCUUCUUGCUUCACCUGGACUGUGCAGACAGCACCAACUAGGGUGGAGGGGCUGGGGGAUGGGCAUGCGUGAUGUCCCAGAUUAGGAGAAAGGCUGGGAGAGCCUGGUAGGGCUGCGUUCAGUGGCUGACCCUGUCUAGGAUGGGUGAAGGGCCCAGCCUCUACGUCCUGGGCAGGUUCCUCAAGUCCAGGCACAAACUACAUUUUUCAGGGGUUAACCCUCCCUUUGAUUUUACUGUGGCCCCCAUUCCAGGAUGUGGGGCUUCCAGGGACUCAGCCUUCCAAUGGGGACCAAUUGCUUCCCAAUGACAGGUGGAGGGGACUCAAGAGGGAGAUUAUCAUCAGGUUCCCUGUUCCCUCUGGAUAAUGGCUUCCUUGGUUUUUCCCCCUCCUCUGUGUGAUCUCCAUCUCCAGCACCCCUCCAAGCCCCCCACAUGGGCCCUUAGACCACACCUCUCACCUUUGCUGUCCCCUCCACAGCAGAAUCUGGUGGUCAGCUUAUUGAUGUCUCCCAGCCCAAGGCCUCCACGAUUCUCCACGAGAGCAAGCCCUUGGAUGGCCUGGCCAGGUCCAGCUGAUCCAGAUGUUGCCCUGUCAGCAUUCCCUGGCACCAGCUCUCUGGGUCCUAUAAACUCCCAAGUAUGAGAGGUUCCCAAGUAAACCUGCCUGGCUGGCAACAUGCAGAGCACUGUGCUUCUGCUUCAUCCAUGUGCCCCGUGGCUCCUACUGUCCCUCGUAGGGCACAGAGCCCCCAGCAAAGGGAGGUGAUGGCCUGGAGCUUGACCACAGGAUCUGCAGGCUCAGAGCUCACCAGAGGUCACCCAGACCUCAACUCUUGCAUUUUUGGGUAUCUUCAGGACCCCAAUCUCUUAGUGCCCAGGGACUCAAAGUUUUGAGGGAUCCCAGCCCUGCAGAGCAGGAGAGAAUCUGCUGUUUAUGAACCUCUGGUGUCCUGGGCUUCUCUCAACUGGACAUGGCAGCAUCUCUGAGUCACAGAUCGCCAUGUGCUACCCUGCAUGGUUGAAUCGCUUCUGAUGUCUGCUAGGUAUCCUGUCCCUUGUGCUGUGCCUCCUCUGAUGCCAGUAUGUCACAAUGGCCCAUGCUUAUUCACAGCAAUAAUAACCUAGGGAGUGCCCACAAAGUCCUUUCGUCCUAGUCCCUCAUUUUCUGCACAGGUCUCCUGGGGAGGCAGCCACUGAGCUGGUCCAUUCAUGAGAACCUGUGUUUAUGAAGCUCUGGGCUCUGCAGACAUCAUCACAGGGGAUGCAGAAAGGUGGGAGGCCCAGGCCUGAAGGAGCAAUGGCUAAGGCAGGCAGAGUGCCUUCCACCCUGAGGUCACCCCAGGCCUAGAGGAGCUGCAGGUCCCUGCUCUGCAAAAGAGCCUUUGAGGCGGAUGGGUCGGUCUCCCAGCUACGGCAGCUCUUCAGAAGGUUACAUAAUUGGUUUGUGUGCCCAUUGCCUGCUCUGUCUCCAUUGGUCUUUUUGUCUCUUUCUUUUCACAUUCGUGCACAUAAAAUAUACUGGUGUUUGUGUUGCA